AUGUCGUCCACCAGCAACGCCUCCAUUGACAAGUUCAACGGAGACAAUUACGCAACGUGGAGCCGGUACAUGCGCGGUGUGUUUUUGACGAAGUCCGUCUGGCACGUUGUCAACCGUGAAGUGACUCCGACUUUCACCGACCCGCGAGCGUCCGAUGACUACGUCAAGGCAAGCAACGUCGCGUUUGGUAUGAUGCUGCUGCACAUGAACGCGGACUACCAUCAUGUGCUGGACAACUGCGAGGAAGCCUGGGUUGCGUGGACAAGUCUGAAGACGCUGUACGGUGGGUCGCAGAAGGCAGGACGCAUCUACCUCAAGCGACAACUUUUCAGUAUCAAGAUGGCUGAAGGCGCGAACGUCAUGCAUCACUGCAACGAGGUCCUCAACAUCUCCGCCAAGCUUAGCGGCAUCGGUGCGAAGAUGGAAGACGAAGACGUUGCAAUUUGUCUGCUACUCAGUCUUCCGAAGAGCUACGAAAAUGUGGUGCUCAACAUGGAAAUGAGCAGCACCGAGCUUCGCACUCAAGAUGUGGUGAGAGUCCUGACGAAUGAGCAUGCCAAGCGUCAAGGAGAAAAAGGGACAACGACAGCGACUACGGUGAAGGCUGAAGAUGCAAGCAAGGCAUUCAGCGCCGAGCGUGAGCCCUACCAAUGCACGUAUUGUGGCAAGCCCGACGCGGCGGCAAUGGUCGUGGACGCGGGGGCUAACAAUGUCCAGUGGGGACAUCAUGAUGAAGGCAAUGGCUACGAUCGAGUGGCGUUUGCAGUCUCGUUCGAAUGUGGAGUUUCGACGAGCAAGGACGUGUCUGGAAUGUGGGCCGUCGACAGUGGUGCAACGCACCACAUUUGCCACGACAAGACCAAGUUCGCAAGUUUGGCAGAGCGCAAUGAGGGCGAACUCUUGGUGGCUGAUGGCAACAAGGUGGCCAUCAAGGGUGUGGGAACCAUCAUGGAAAAGGUGGUUCUGCCCAACGGUGAAGAGCGUGAGAUCGAAAUCAAGAACGCGCUAUAUGUUCCAAGUAUGAGCAAGAACCUGCUCUCGGUGCCACAGAUUAACAGCCAUGGCAAGUUUCAAGUCGUGUUUGACGGGUCCAAGAUGUAUGUGACUCUCAAGAACUCACAGCAAGUGGUGGCGACAGCGGAUCUCGUGGAUGGACUCUACUGGCUUCGGACGACUCAACGAUCAGCGAAUGUGACAACAAGUGGAACCAGUUGUGCCGAUCUACAUGCGAGAAUGGGUCAUGCUCCAGUCGAUGUACUUCGCAAGAUGAUCGCGACCAACAUGAUCAAGGAUGUGCGAGUCCCUCUCAAGUCGGGUGGAGCAACUACAUGUCGAGGAUGUCAACAAGGGAAAAUGGUCCAAAAACCAUUUCCAAGCAACCGAGACAAGCGCAGCUACGAUACGUUUGAGCUACUUCAUCUGGACAUCUGCGGGCCCAUGGAAAAGGAUUCGCUCGGUGGCAGCAAAUAUUUGCUGCUGAUCAUCGACGAAGCCAGUGGAUGCAUGAAGGGCUUUUGUCUACGAGUGAAGUCCGAGAGUGAAGACUACAUCCGGAAAUAUAUCACCAUGGUACAGACGCAAUUCUGUAAGAAGGUCAAGUUCGUGCGACACGACGGAGCUCGCGAGUUUGCAACCAACUCGCUUCAACUGUUCUACGAAGACGAAGGCAUUGAACAGCAGACAACGGUGCCGUAUGCACAUCAAACAAACGGAACAGCAGAGCGUGCCAUUAGGACUAUUGUCACGAUCGGCCGCAGCAUGCUUCAUCAUGCCAAACUGGACAAGUGUUUCUGGGCCGAAGCAGCGAUGACGGCCAUCUACGUCAAGAAUCGACUGCCGUCACCUAAAGUCGUGCACAAGACCCCCGUUUGA